AUGGAUAUGAUGAGUUUGCAGAGAAAGAAAUGCUCUGAUUUCCUGAAGAAGGCGUAUGAAAUGGUUGAUGAUCCUUCAACGGAUCCAAUAGUAGCUUGGGCUCCCGACGGCAGGGCUUUCAUUGUUUGGCUUCCGGAAGAAUGUAAGAGAGACAUUCUUCCCAAAUACUUACAAGUCAUAGCCUUCGGACGAUUUGAUUAUUAUGGGUUUCGUAGACUUGUGUGUACAAAAGAACAAUUGGUAUUUGCUUCCAAAGAUUUUGUGAGGGGCAAGCCUGAGCUUUUGGACAAGAUUUGUGAACGCCAUGUGGCACGGUUGCAAGCAUUCUAUGAUAAGAAUUAUAAACCAAUACGAGAUCGACCCAAAAGGUGCAAGACCAAAGAAGAGCUGGAAGUAGCCCGCAGAGAGAAUUGGGAGAUCAUGGAAAAGCAGAGAAUGGAGCAGAACGAGUCAUUUAUGAAGGCAAUUCAAAAGGACCGGGAAGCAGCUGCAGCUUUCAAGGCAGAGGAGGCAGCAAUCGAGGCAAAGGCCGCAGCAGCACUAGCACUCGAGGAUCAACAUGCACUCGAGGCAAAGGCCGCAGCAGCACUAGCACUCGAGGAUCAACAUGUACGAAUUUGA